GCGGGCGGAUGGACCGCCACGGUGAGCCGGGGGCGUCGGGAUACGGCGAGGAGGACGAGGAUGAGGAGGGGCGAGAGGGCGGCACUGCGGGCUCGAAGGGGUCCAGACUGCCCCCAAUUGCGGGCAGCACCUCAGAACCGACCAAACGGAAGGUGAAGAAGAAAAAGAAGAAGAAAAAGACCAAGGGGUCGGGCAAAGGGCACGCAGAUAAACAUCAGAGUCGAGGCCUGAAGAAUCAGCAGCUGUCGUCAUCCUUUCACGGCAUCAUAAGUCCCAGCAAAGAUCACGGCCCGAGGCAAGAGCACAGACAGGACAAAGAUGACAACAAGCUCAUCCCUUCUUACUCCUCCAAUGUGAGUCUCCCCCACUUUGCCAAAAUAGAAGAGAACCUCUCCAACCAGAUCAACGAGAGUCUGCGUUGGGAUGGAAUUCUGGCUGACCCAGAGGCAGAGAAAGAAAGGAUUCGCAUAUACAAGCUUAACCGCAGGAAGCGGUACCAGAUUUUGGCCCUCAAGGGCUUCUGCUCUGACCGCUGUGCUGAGGAGACCCCUGAGAACCUACCUUACCUCUCAGAGAAAGACAGCAGCACCAACAGCAGGCCGCCCUCGUUAAAAGCCAACAGCCCCAAUCCCUGCUUUGAAGGAAGCCUUGUUCCAAAGCCCCUGCACUCUGAUUAGCUAUGACUCUGCCCGGGUGAAAAUCCACCCCUGACACUGGCGAGCUUAUCACUUAUCCUUACCACAAGUUUAUGUGUUAAAAAGAAGAAGAAUAAACGGAAAUCAGACCUACA